AUGUCCCAACCAACCUGGCGACCCGGCAAAAGAGUAGCCAUAGCCGGUGGUGGUCCUGCGGCAGUAUCAACCGCUCUAGCAUUCAUCCAACGAGGCUACGAUGUCCGCAUCUUCGAAAGACAGUCAGAAUGCAAGCCAAUCGGCGGAGCAGUUCUUCUCAACAUCCCCGUUCUAGCAAUCCUACGCUCCUACGGAAUAUCCAUGGAAAACAUCGGAUCCUUCACAACAACCUCAUUCCAAAACAAAAACAGCCACGAACGUGUCCAACUCCCCUUCAACAAAGAGAUCGAAAAGCGAAUGGGUAUCAAAGGCUGGCAAUAUGGCGUAUUACGCUCAUCCAUAUUCCAAAAAAUGCUCAACCUCCUUCCUUCAAACGUGAUAUACACCUCCCACGAAUUCAAAUGCUAUUCUGAGCUCGAAGACGGAAUCGAACUCACUUUCCAAAAUGGAGAAAAAGUCACCGCAGACCUCUUAGUUGGCGCAGAUGGGAUCCGCUCUGCUGUCUCCCGUCAAGCAUUCGGUGAUCCGAACCUGUUCCACGCCGGUAUCCGCGUCUGGCUUGCUUGGUGUGAUCAGAUCCCUGGCAUACCCGAGAAUCACGGUGUCAUUUCCCAUGACUGGCAAUAUCAAGCUAGUUUCUUCCCCAUGCUGCACGAAGGCAAACCCGGGUUCGAAUGGUGGAUUGUGGAACACUCUUACGAUGGCAAGCCAGUACCCGAGAACCCAAAGGAGUAUCUGAGCAACAUUCUUCAAAACUGGGCACAGCCCUUACCACGUCUUCUUGAAGCUACCAAUUUCGAGCAGGUGUAUCGGUGGGAAAUCUUCAAUCGUCCAUCCAUGAAGACAUGGUCUGUUGGACGUGUUAUGUGCAUUGGUGACGCUAUUCACCCUGUAUCACCAUAUGCAGCCUACGGUCUCGGCAUGGCAGUUGAAGAUGGAUACUUCUUGGCUAGGGCUCUGGAUGGAGUUGACUUGCGUGAUGGUGCUGCUGUCAGAGCUGGGUUUGAGGUUUUUGAAAAGCAGCGCGUUGAUUACGUGAAUCAUAAUAUGGAGUUUGCUCGAUUCAGUGGGUAUAUGUUCCACUCGUUGCCUUGGCCUCUGGCUAAGAUCAGAGAUUGGAUCUUUGACUAUACGCCUAUUCUUGGGAAUCUUUUGAAAAAGGAUUAUCUGAAAAAGGCUGAGGAGCAGACGAUGAAUAUGAAGGAGCUUCAUGUUUGA